AUGCAGCGUCAGGGGCUUCCUCUCCUCCCCACUCCGACCCAGGAUGAGCGUGAUCCGCUGCGCUGGCCCGUCUGGCUGAAGCGCUGUGCUAUCAUCACGACCUCGAUGACGAACUUUGUGACCAAUAUGGCCGGAUCGGGCCUGUCGGUGGCCGUCCCCGAGUUGAUGCAGGAGUAUCACAAGCCCGAGUCUGGUGCAGUGCAGCUGCUUACUUAUAACUUCCUGUUUCUGAGUAUCGGCAACAUCUUCUGGGUGCCCAUCGCCCACAAAUUCGGCAAACGCGCCUCGCUGCUCCUUUCCAUGGCGCUCCAAGCCGGCGCCCUGGUGUGGUGCGUGAAAGCCACCAGCUUUUCCAGUCUGCUGGCGGCGCGAUGCGUGCAGGGAUUUGCUGGCGCUGCAGGCGAGAGUAUCGUGCCUGAGAUAGCCGCGGAUAUCUUCUUUCUGCAUCAGCGGGCUGCGAUGAUGUCCAUCGGCUCAGCCAUCGGGCCACUGAUCAACAGUCUUAUGGUGCAGUAUCUGCCGAGCUCCUGGCGGGCCUUCCUGUGGCUCUGCUUUGCGCUGGCGGUGGCCAACAUCGCGCUGAUGCUGUUCCUGUGUCCUGAGUCCAACUUUCAGCGUCCAGAGUGGGAUGUGACUGCCAUCGGACCCGAGGCGACGGAGACAAAGGCAGCCCAGGAGAUGUUCUUGGAAGACGCGCCCCAGGAAGAGGUGUAUACCGUGCACAGGCCCUCCCUCGCUGACAUCAUCAUGCCGGUCCGCCUCGAUCGCGAGCUCAAGUUCUUCCGGGCGAUGGCAGCGCCCCUGCGCCUGCUGACCCGGCCUGCCGUGAUCUGGGUGAUCCUUCUCUACGGAUGCGCCCUCAGCCCGCAGAUCAUCCUCAUCUUCACCAUGUCCUCCCUCCUGGAAGGGCCCCCGUAUCUGUUUUCCUCCGUCUCCGUCGGCCUGAUGCAGAUUGCCGCGCUUACUGGCUUCAUCCUGGCCUGUUUCGGUGGCGGCUGGCUCUCUGACAUUAUCAACAGUCGGAUUGCGCGCCGACGGGCCGACGGGCAGGUCCGCGCCGAGGACCGGCUGCUCUCCCUGAUUCCGGGCAUGGCCAUCGGUCCCGCAGGCUGCAUUCUGCUGGCCUUUGCCUGCCAGAACCAUCUACACUGGGCAGCCAUCGCAGUGGGGUUCGGCAUGGUCUCGUUCGGGUCGGUGUACACGCCUAACAUCGCCAUCACCUACUUGGCGCACCGGCACCAACGGGAUGCGGCGCAGUGCCUGGUGCUGGUCAACGUGGCGAAAAAUCUGGUGGCGUUCCUGUUUCUGUACGAGGCAGUGGACUGGGUGCAGAGCCAGGGCUAUCUGCAGGCGUAUCUGGUGAUGUUUGCCCUGGGGGUGGUCACCAUCGGGGCGGCGCUGCCGCUGUAUCUCUUCCAGGGCAAGCGGCACGUCGAGUGA